AUGCGGUUCCCGGCGAUGGCCUCCUCCGCCCGCCAACCUCCGGCCGGCUCGCCGCCGUCUCCAUUGCUACCGCCGUCGACGCCUCUGGUCCCCGCGGCCAUCACCUCGCCUAUUCGAUUAGUUUACUGCUCUCUGGAAUUCAGCACCCAGCACGCCUCGUUUGACCAAUUUCUGCUCCCGUGUGCCGCGCGAGCUUGUAUUCUGCAGUGGCCCAGAGGAUUGCUGCUCUACGGCCCCCCUGGCACGGGAAAGACAAGCCUUGUCCAAGCUAUCGUUCGGGAGUGCAAUGCCCACCUGACAAUGAUCAAACCGUAUUCUGUGCAUAAACCUCAUGCUGGAGAGGGCGAGAGGUUCCUGCGUGAAGCCUUCGCCGAAGCGUACUCCAAGGCAUCACAGGGCAGGCCAGCCAUCAUUUUCAUCGAUGAAUUGGAUGCUAUAUGUCCGUGACGUAACAGCAGGUAUGCUUAUUAUACCAUUACAUCUUUUGCGCCUGUCGAAAUCUGUUUUCUUGAUGUGCUUUUA